GCGUGCGGAACGGCGGCUGCGCGUUCGUCGAGGGCUGCGGGACCGGGUCAGGUGCCACAGGUUUUGAGUGGUCGCGGGUGUAGGGAAUAACCCCGAGAGCUGCAAAGGGCCCGCGUUCGCGGAGGAAGCUGAUGUAGCGGAAUCCCGCUCCCCACCCCCGCAGGCUCUGUGUGCUCGGUUCGGGUCUGACCGGACUGUGGCGGCUGUCACCCGGGACCUGCCAUGGCCCAGCAGAGAGCCCUGCCCCAGAGCAAGGAGACGCUGCUGCAGUCCUACAACAAGCGGCUCAAAGACGACAUCAAGUCCAUCAUGGACAACUUCACCGAGAUCAUCAAAACCGCCAAGAUUGAGGAUGAGACACAGGUGUCACGGGCUACUCAGGGUGAACAAGACAAUUACGAGAUGCAUGUGCGAGCUGCCAACAUUGUCCGAGCUGGUGAGUCACUGAUGAAGCUGGUAUCUGAUCUCAAGCAGUUCCUGAUCCUCAAUGACUUCCCAUCUGUGAAUGAAGCCAUUGACCAGCGUAACCAGCAGCUGCGCGCCCUGCAGGAAGAGUGUGAUCGCAAGCUCAUCACCUUGCGGGACGAGGUCUCCAUCGACCUCUAUGAGCUGGAGGAGGAGUACUACUCGUCCAGCUCAAGUCUCUGCGAAGCUAAUGACCUGCCUCUAUGUGAAGCUUACUGGAGGCUGGACCUCGACACAGAUUCUGCUGAUGGCCUCUCAGCCCCUCUUCUGGCGUCCCCGGACACUGGUGCUGGUCCCCUGCAGUCUGCAGCUCCUGCCCACUCCCAUGGUGGUGGCCCUGGCCCCACAGAACACACCUGAGCCCUCCCCAGGGCCCUAGUUUAUCAGAAAGGAAGUCCUGUGGGUGCCCGCCACAGCCUUGCUUCUUUCAGUCUUAGCUCCCACUUGGGGACUUCGGGAUCAAGAACCACUGUAGCCUCAGGGACCUGGCCAGGCCAGGGCCAGUUCCCUGAUAGUUCAGGAAUGCUGUUCACUUAUUUACAGGCAGAUGGCCCUUCGUUUCUAGUGGCUAUCUUCCUGCCUGCCAGAUGGGAGUUGGUCCUAUUGAGGACCUAGAAUAGGGAGGAUGGCUGGUGAUAGGAAGCCUCAGUUCGUUGAGAAUUAGGAGGUGCUCAGUGGACCUUAGCCAAGUCCAGCCAUCCAUAUUUGACUCAAGCUCCUAUAUAAAGAGCCCUGUCCACUGCCUGGUGCCUGGAGCACAAUUGUUUGUGCCACAGCUGACAGUCCUAGCAAGACUGAGGCAGCUAGCCAGGGCGUCUCCUGGAUUCUGCCACCAUUUUCAUUCUGCUACUUUUGUGAUGAAACUGUUGAAUAAAACAUUACCCUUUUGUGCUGUUCA